GGGGAAAACAACCCUCUGGUCUCCCUGGUGCUGAUGCUCAUAUACCCAGGCUGUCUUUUUCUGCUGCCCUUACUGUUCCCAUGGACAGAGCUGGAACCAUAGUCUUUGACAAAAUCUUUGUCAAUGAAGGAGACUUCUACAACCCAAGAACAGGUAUUUUCACUGCCCCGGUAGAUGGACAUUACUAUUUCAGCGCCAUCUUAACUGGUCACAAGAAUGAAAAAAUUGAAGCGGUCCUGUCCAGGUCAAACUAUGGCAUGGCCCGAGUGGACUCAGGGGGGUAUCAGCCUGAAGGUCUGGAAAACAACCCUGUGGCUGAAGCUAAAACCAUUCCAGGUUCUCUGGCUGUAUUCAGCAUUAUUCUUCCUUUAAAGGCUCAGGACACCGUGUGCAUUGACUUGGUGAUGGGAAAAUUAGCCCACUCCAUAGAGCCGCUUACCAUCUUCAAUGGCAUGCUGCUGUAUGAAGAGAAGGCACCAUUCAUGUCAAUUUCUGAGAAAUAAAGUAGCCUGAGAAUUUGUUCAUCUGUUAAACGUUUAUUACAAACCUG